GGACCUGAUGGCAGAGCCUGAGCCGCCUCCAGAGCUGCAGCUGGAUGAAGCCGGAGCACCCUCAUCCUCACAGGGAGCGGCUGUGGGUGCUGCUCCACACCCGGACCUUUCAGGCAAACCAAUAGACCCAGCAGUGGAUGUGGGGGUGACACCCCCGCACAGGGGCAGCCCUGACACCUGCCAGGACCUGCAAGCAGACCCUGGGGACACUUCCUUGGAGCUAAACAUGCCAGGGCUCCAGCUGGACCAGGACACGGCUGGGACUGGGAUCCCGCUAGAUGUGGAUGCAGAUGGAGCUGGGAUCCCACUGGACGUGGGUGGAAUGGGGAUCCCAGUGGAUGUGGAUGGGGCAGGAAUCCCACUGGACGUGGAUGCAGGGGGGACAGAGAUCCCACUGGAUGUGGAUGAGGCAGGGAUCCCAUUGGAUGUGGAUGUAGAUGGAGUUGGGAUCCCACUGGACAUGGGUGGGACAGGGAUCCCGCUGUACAUGGACACAGGCGGAGCAGGGAUCCCAGACGACGUGGACGCAGAGGUGGCCGGGAUCCUGCUGGACAUGGACGCAGAGGGUCCAUCCCUGGAUGUGGAUGUUGCAGAGUAUCAGUGCCUGACCCUUGAAGAGCUGGGCGAAUACUUCCAGGAGUGCAUCGACGCCGUCGAGCAGCUGGAGAAGGAGAGGGACAGCCUGAUCGCCGAGCUGGCCCAGCUCCGGGAGCCGGCGCUGCAGGAGAUCCGCCAUGCCCACGAGGAGAUCCAGGCCGCCUGCCGACUGCUGGCCAAGGCGGAGCUGGAGAGGGACAACCUGAAGGAUGAGAUCCGACAGAUCAAGCAGAAGCUGUUCAAGGUGACCAAGGAGUGUGUGGCUUGCCAGUACCAACUGGAGAGCCGGCGGCACGACCUCUCCCAGCACGCUGCGUACCGGGGCGAGCUGGAAACCAGGGCCGAGCAGCUCUCGGGCGAACUGUCCCAGCUGAAGGAGACCUGCGAGAAGGAGAAGGAGGUGUUGAGGCAGCGGCUGGAGGCUCCGCCGUCUCGGCAGGAUAACCUGUACCUGCAGGAGAGCCGCCGGCUCUCGGUGGAGUUCGAGAGCUUCGUGGCCGAGAGCCGGCGGGGUCUGGAGGAGCACUACGAGCCCCAGCUGCUGCGGCUGCUGGAGCGGCGCGAGGCGGGGGCCAAGGCGCUGCAGGAGAUGCAGGGGGAGAUCCAGAGCAUGAAGGAAGCCCUGCGGCCCUUGCAGGGGGAGGUGAGCCGCCUGCGCCUGCAGAACCGCAGCCUGGAGGAGCAGAUCGUCCUCGUCAAGCAGAAGCGAGAUGAGGAGGUCGGGCAGUAUCGGGAGCAGGUGGAGGAGCUGGAGGACCGACUGAAGGAGCUGAAGAACGGGGUCCAGCUCCAGCAGCGCAAGAACCAGGAGCUGGAGGAGCUGAGGAGCAGCCUCCACCGCGAGCUCUCCAUCUACAAGGACUGCUUAGAAAUCUACGGCCACCUUUGCAAAUCGGAAGAAAAAGCAGAGCAGGACUGUUAG